CGCCCCCGCGUCUGCGCUAGGCCCCCGCGCCGGCUUCUGCGGUCGCCAUGACGGCGGCCGUGUUCUUCGGCUGCGCCUUCGUUGCCUUCGGGCCUGCGCUCGCCCUCUACAUCUUCACCAUCGCCACCGAGCCGUUGCGCAUCAUCUUCCUCAUCAUCGGAGCUUUCUUCUGGCUGGUGUCUCUGCUGCUUUCUUCCUUCAUUUGGUUCAUGGCAGCAACCCUUACUGAUAACAAAGAUGAACCAAGACAGAGAGAUCUGCUGAUCUUUGGAGUGUUAAUCUCAGUCCUUAUCCAAGAAAUGUUCCGGUUUGCAUAUUAUAAACUUUUUAAAAAAUCCAGUGAGGGUUUGAAGAGUAUAAACCCAGGUGAGAAAGCACCCGCUAUGCAAUUGCUGGCUUAUGUUUCUGGCUUGGGCUUUGGAAUCAUGAGUGGAGUAUUUUCCUUUGUAAAUACCCUGUCUGACUCCUUGGGACCCGGCACGGUGGGCAUUCAUGGAGACCCUCCCCAGUUCUUCCUGAAUUCAGUUCCCCGACCAGGGGCCGAAGCUCAGCACUGA